UUAAAACAUUGGACAUAUUGAAGAUGAAAAUUAAAUAUUUAGGGUUUGUUUUGGUUUUGGUUUUGGUAUAAAACUUACCAAGAGCAGCUGAGCAGUGUUUAACCUUCUUGCCAUAUAACUUACUGUAAGGAGUGAGCAUCUUUUCUGUGCCUUGGAAAAUGGUCAUACUCCUUUCUAAGUUUGGAUCAGCUUCCCAUAUUUUAUCCUUUGCACUUUUAACAUCAUAAAAUAACCUUUGAGAGUUCCUCUGAUAUGAAUUUUUUUGCCCAUGUCAUUUCCUCUGGAACAUCUCCAUCCCUCUCAUCACAACCACUUUCCUUAUUUAUGUUCGUAAAAUCACCCUUACUAGAUUUUUCUGGCUGCAUAGCUAGAGUUGAAUAGCAACAGUAUCAUCCCACGGCCAACUAAUUUCUUCUCUAACUUCAUUUACCUUUGAUUUGAAUGUCACUCCCACUAUUAUCAUUUUUUGUUUCUUUGCUAACGUUUCUCUUUGUUGGCCAAUUCUAUUAUCCAUUUUUGUAGAUGUCACAUGGGUUUCUCACUGGGAAUUAACGAAGCAACACAACUACAUGCUUUGCUGUCUGUACAUAAGCCGAAUAACAGCUAUCCAGUGACCAAUCAAGGACAGACUGUCAAAGAAGUGACACGAUUGGUCACUCAUCAUUGAUGUGGCUCUGUUAUCAGCGUAGUAAUUUUGUGGACUGAAAAGCUAGCAGCAAAGUUAGUAAUUAUCCAAUUACUCAGUUGAUAUACUGUGGUAACAGAUUUGAACUGUGUUGUAGGGGGACUGAUGUUAUUAAGCUACACUGUGGUGACUGAAAUUGGUGCUGAUGCCACGCAGAGCAAGGACAGUGCUGCGCUUAUGAAAUGCCUAGCACGUGGUUAGCAUUUAGCUGCCGGAGGAGGCUGCGAGAGGAAGUCUGACCCGCCAAGCCCAUCUGGAAGUGGUUUCAGGGGCCACAUCACUCAGCCAGCACAACGCCUAGAUUCCCAGCUGCCUGGAACAGGGGUGGAAGAAACCCGAGCUGCUCCAGAGUCUGCACAAGCAAGGGAGGUGCAGUGGGGGAGGAAGACUGUCUUGGAAACGGAAUAUUGGCCUUGAGGCUCUCCGGCCCUUUGAGAUUUCCAGUGGGAUCGUAGAAGCAGCUGAAGCAGCGUGAAGGGCAGCAUCCCAGGGCCAGCCACCAUUUGAAUGCUCUGCCCUGCAGCUCUUCUGGACGAAGGAGCCCUGCCCUCACCACCCACCAGGUCACAGUUUUUAUCCACAUGAACACACAUGGCUUUGUUACGAAAAAUUAACCAAGUAUUGCUGUUCCUUUUGAUUGUGACCAUCUGUGGGAUUCUGUAUAAGAAAGUUCAUAGGGGGACUGUGCUCAGGAACGAAACAGAUGAUGACUCUGAGACUCCUGAGGAUAUGGAAGAUGAGAUUCCGGUGGUGAUUUGUGCAGCAGCAGGGAGGAUGGGUGCGGCUAUGGCUGCCAUCAACAGCAUCUACAGCAACACUGAUGCCAACAUUUUGUUCUAUGUAGUGGGACUCCGGAACACUCUGUCCAGAAUACGAAAAUGGAUCGAACAUUCUAAACUGAGAGAAAUAAACUUUAAAAUCGUGGAAUUCAACCCUAUGGUCCUCAAAGGAAAGAUCAGACCAGACUCCGCGAGGCCUGAACUGCUCCAGCCUCUGAACUUUGUUCGAUUUUAUCUCCCUCUGCUUAUCCAUCAACACGAGAAAGUCAUCUAUUUGGAUGAUGAUGUAAUCGUACAAGGGGACAUCCAAGAGCUGUACGACACCACCUUGGCCCUGGGCCAUGCGGCAGCUUUCUCAGAUGACUGCGAUUUGCCCUCCUCCCAGGACAUACACAGACUUGUGGGGCUGCAGAACACGUAUAUGGGCUAUCUGGACUACCGGAAGAAGACGAUAAAAGACCUUGGCAUCAGCCCCAGCACUUGCUCUUUCAAUCCUGGUGUGAUUGUUGCCAACAUGACGGAAUGGAAGCACCAGCGUAUCACCAAACAAUUGGAGAAAUGGAUGCAAAAAAAUGUAGAGGAAAAUCUCUACAGCAGCUCCCUGGGAGGAGGGGUGGCCACCUCCCCAAUGCUGAUUGUGUUUCACGGGAAAUACUCCACCAUCAACCCCCUGUGGCACAUAAGGCACCUGGGCUGGAAUCCAGAUACCAGAUAUUCGGAGCAUUUUCUGCAGGAAGCAAAACUACUCCACUGGAAUGGAAGACAUAAACCUUGGGACUUCCCUAGUGUUCACAACGACUUAUGGGAGAGCUGGUUUGUUCCUGACCCUGCAGGGAUAUUUAAACUCCAUCAUCCCAACAGCUGAUAUAACACGACAUUUUAAAUAUUUCCUGUAUAAAUAAUGUGGAAUUGUCCAUUUGUAGCCUACUAUACCACCAUUCUUUACGAACAGUACCUUUGAUACAAAUGAUCCACAAAAACAAAAAACCCUACUGUGUACAAAUAGUACCUUGAAUCAUAUAGGUAUUGAUUUACUUCCUUAAGUACAAGCAGCAAUUAUAGAAGAUAAUGUGAGUGAAACAUGCUAUUGGGAAGAAAUAAACCCAGAUAGAUUUCAGCAAUCAAUUUGCUUAACUCUGAAUGAAAAUUAUAGCCACAAAUUUAAAACAUUUCUAAAUAUAUUUUUCACAUGUAGAUUUUUUUUUUUUUUUAAAUUUUUCUGAACGUGCAGGCUCAGCGGCCAUGGCUCAUGGGCCCA